AUGGAAACUGAAAAAGAUGACGUUGAUGAGGAACUGAAAGAAGGGGACAUCUAUAUCGAAGCGUUGAUGGAGAUUGAGAAAAAUGAAGGAAAUAUUUCGGGAGAGGCAAGUUUUUCAGAAAAUCUCAGAAAAGGAAUGAUAACCCCUAUAGUGACCACUCUGGCCUUUCUAAGCUCUUGCUAGCGAGAUUUUCCUUGAAAAUGAGAGGCUUAAACGAUGAAAAAAAUUAAUUGAGUGAAAAUCUUCCAGGUCGAGGAACCAUUCAAUCGAGACGGAGUUGAUGAACCUUUCGAGGAAUUAAUUCCGUCGCCAGAGCCUUCCGUUUCUCCGGAACCUGUCCCAGAAAACGAACAGAUCGAUUUGAAAAGCCUUAUUUUGGAUAUUGAAAAGGUGGGAAACUUUUUGAGGCUUUUCUUUUUGGAGAUUUUUAACUUUUUAAUGUAUUGGAAUUUGAUGAAACUUGGUUUAUAGAUACUUUCGAACUCCCUGAAACCAAAGAAGUUAAAAAAAGGUGCCCCUUUUUGGUUUUUAAUCGAGUUAAAGUUUGCACGCAAGAGUUUUGAACUUUUGUUCAUUAAAAUUUUUUCAAGAAAGAGUCUGGAAAAAAAAUAUUUUUUUGAAAAUCUUGCUCAAAAUAACAUAAAAUGGUGAGCUUCAACAUUUUGAGCGUUUUUUUUUUCAUUAUCUUCUUUAACUUCAUCAUUUCUUCCAAAAAAAAAAUUGGCAAAAAUAGAUUGCCUCCAAAAGUAUUCGAACCCGCAUCAUAGUUUCCAUAGCGCUAGACCGCUAACAACUACACCAUGCCGCCUCCUAGCAGAUAGAGUUAGCCCCGCACUACAUUCCCUCCUUCCAUCCAAUGCGUUUUCUGCGUGAAAACUUUGAGGCGCCAGAACUCGGAUAGAACGAAAAAAGCGCACUUUUUCUCAACUUCCUUGAAUUCAGGGUGUUCGAAAGUGCCUAUAAACCAAGUCUUAUGAAAUUCCAAUACCUGCACUUCCCGUUUCAGGAUUUUUUUUAAAUUUUAUAAAUACGUGUCCGAUUUAUUGAUUUAAUCAUGAGGAUUUCAGAAAGGCAUUGAGAAAGCGUAUUUUGAUCGGUUUGAAGUGAAACCAUGUAGCUGGAUAACCUGGGUGAAAAUGACAAAGCCGAGGAUGAUGUUCGAGGCGACGAGGCAUCUUGAGGUAGGGCAUUUCUUUUGUCACGGCUCUGAUCACGUUUUAAAAGGCACAUCGGAAACAACUACUGCAAAAUCAGUUUUUUUUUUUUGCAUUUUUGCUCUAAAAAGCUGCAAAGAAGACCGUAAAAAAUAAGUGUCUUGAAGCGAAAUUCGGUGAAUUUUUGUCUAUUUUUUUAAGCGGAAAAAUAAGGAUAAACUGGCGUAUAAGGGGCAAUACAAGCAUGAGAGGGAAAAGAAGGCCCAGACGAGUAAUAGAGCCCGUUCACGGCUGGCUUGGGACAGAGAACGGGCGGUUUAACUUGCGCGGCGAGGGUAGAUCGUGGCGGCCAUACAUGCGCCUUUAAUAAGAGCCUCUUUUGAUUGAAUUUAUUUUUGUUUACACUGAUCUCAUUGCUUGAUUUUCUUAAAAGUGAUGAAUUAUGAGAGAGAAAUGUAUAAGUCAUAAAAUGGUUACAAAAAUUUAAAAUUCAUUAUAUUUCAUGUCGUUUUCGUAUUCCCUCUACACACAAAAAAUGUCUGAUUGAAAGUUCAAGAAAUGUUUAUUUUUCACGUUUUGAAGUCAAAUUUGAGAAGUUCUACACUGAUUUUAGAAAAAAAUGUCCCAUUUUUCUCAUCACCAUAUAUUUUCAGGGACUUCCCCCAAUCUUACCGGGUGGCAUGGACCCUGAAGGAUUAAUGAGGAGAGUUAGAGAGGGGAGAGACUCGAAACGAACAGACAAUUAUUUUCAAUCGAUUAAAGAGGAAUUCCUCAACAUAGUUUCAAUGUAUGUUUCUUUUAAUAUUUUUCUAAAAAAAGGCCUUUUUUUGAAGAUUCGCACUGAAAUACAGAGAACUUCAAGUUAUAGCCGAUAUGAUUGAAAUGGACCUCUUAGCUGGGGAAAUGUGUAAGUAUAAGUGAGUCUGAAACACCUUUCAAUAGAAAAAUAAAUGAGAAUAAUUUUUUUAGGUUCGAAAAAGUCCACGGUCGGUUACCAUUGGCCUGUCAUUUGCUGGACGAAUCAGAAAUUAUACCUAAAUUUUUAAAAAUUGUUGAUUUCAUAGCUGAUGAAAAGGUGAGAAACCUACCUGGCAUUGUUUUAUUGAUUUUGAUGAUUUUAGAAUUACGAGACAGAUCCAUUUGGGCGAUUAGUGGUUACGUUACUGGAAGGAGCGAGGUGGAAAGAGGUGAUUUUGAAAAAAUAAAUGCAUUUUUUGCUUGAACGAUUUUUGAACAGAACCAACCUCUUUCAAGCCUUGAAAAUAUAUAUCUUAAUGGCUUUAUUACUUUUAAUUCAGGACGGUGAGGUCCCGGAAAAAAAUUGCGAACUUUUUCUCAUCGAAGAAAUCGCGCCGAGAUUCAGCCAAGCCGGUAAUUUAAUUUUUAAAAAAACUGAUUUUGAACCUUUUUCAGGGCCACAAAGAUUUAAAGAACUAUUUCCCAUUGACUGGAUCCAAGAAGUCGUCGCCCCAGAAAAAAAAUGA